AUGAGGUUAUCGCUAUUCAGGAGCAAGACGAAACCCAGUGUUCCAGAAUACAGUCUGUACCCCACAGAAGGUGCAAUUGGGAUGAAGGUAUUAUCUGAUCCUUCAGAUGCUGACCUAGACAUUGUUUUUAUCCAUGGAUUGACCGGCGAUCGCGAGAAAACAUGGACUCACCAAAAUGGAACCUUAUGGCCCCGGGAUCUUCUUUCCAAGGACUUGUCCAAGGCACGCAUCAUGACCUUCGGCUACGACGUCGACAUAUUCAGUUUUUCCUCGAUUACCUUCUCAGAUCGACUGCACGACCAUAGCCAAUCCCUAGCCUAUGCAAUUGUCAGCCAACGAAUCGAGUGCUCAAGCAGACCCAUCCUAUUUAUCGCGCACAGUCUGGGCGGUCUGGUAUGCCAACAAGCCCUGAUCCUCAGCAACUACAUAGACGGACUAUGGGCGAUAUCUUCAAGCGCCAUCGGGAUAAUCUUCAUGGGCACACCGCAGUACGGGUCCUCGCUCGCUUCUUACCGAGAGAAACUCGCAAAAGGGAUGAACAUAGUCCACACCGCAAACAGAGACAUGGUCGGGGCUCUCCACCCGGGCUCGAACGACGUACAACGAGUUGGAAACGAGUUUCAGUCUAUGCUCCAUUGCGGCGACCUCUCCCUCAAGGUCUUCUGUUUCUACGAAUCGAAAGAUAUGAAUGAUAUAGUGGGCAAGAUCGUUGAAGAGCACUCGGCUGUUCUGCGGGGUUAUGAGAGCUGCGGCAUUGAUGCUGAUCAUUACAACAUGACCAAGUUCAGUGGUCAUGCAGAUAAUAGUUAUUGGCUUGUUCGAUCAAUCAUUACAGGGUGGCUUCAUGAGUCCCGUAGUGGUGAUACUGCAAACAAGACUACCAUAUGCGCUCCUGUCUCUGGAAAUCCUGCUUGGUUGGGAUCUUGGACUCCAGGGAAUUCGUGCGUUAAUGGGACCACAAAUUCGCAGAAUUACACCCAAGGAUAUUGCACGCACGGCGAGAAGUCUGUCUUCGACUGA